GUAGUCGUGGGCCAAUCAGAGCUCGCGGCGCACAUUUCGAAUGUCAACGGAAAAGGAGGAAUCGCGUCAGAGGCGGCGCUCACGCUCCGAGAGACUUUGCGGGGAUUUAGCGGAAUUAUCGCCGUAAACCCGCAGAAGACGCGAGCGGUCCGCCAUGGUUCGGGAGCGGGUGGUCCAAAAGAAGUCGUUCCAGCAGAGUCUGGACGACAUCAAAGAGAAGAUGAAGGAAAAAAGAAACCAGAGGCUGGCAAGCGCUAGCACUGCGAGCCACGGGCUGUCAAAGCUGAAGAGCAAAAACGCAGCAGCGGUGAAGCCGUUUGUGCUGAAGACGGUGCAGGUGAACAACAAAGCCCUGGCCCUGGCUCUGCAGGCAGAGAGGGAGAAGGUACGGCAAGCGCAGGGGGUCAUUCUUCAGAUGAAGAGAGAGAGGCAGGCGCUUAUCUUUCACCUGCUGAUGCUGAAAAGAGCUCUGAGGGAAGCAGGCGCUGUGAGACAGAUGUCGUCUUCAGAGGAACCACAGUUAAUCCUUCCUGAGCCCACCAGCCCCCAGCCUGGGGCAAAAGCUGAAACUGUGCCUCAGGAAGAGGAGCUCGACCCGGCUGAUCCCCUCACAGGGACCGGUUCUUCAGAGCCCGAUGCAGUUCCUGGUGGACUUGGUGAUGGACAGGUUUCAUUACCAGUGACCAUAGGAACACGGCGUCGACGGGACGGUAGGAAACGAUCUGAGCGUCUGCGGAGGCGGAGCUCUCUGUUUGAUCCCGCCUCUAUGGGAGUUAUUGUUGCAGAAGAGGUGGAGCCACCACCCUCAGAUAUGACAGGGGGGCUUUGUGAUCAGGACCCUGAGCUCAACCUGGAGGCUAACGCAUUUGAGCGUGGACUUACCGAUGAAAACGCAUCAACGGCAGAACAGAAGUCACUUCCUGCCAACAUGACUGACGGUUCUCAGGCUGGGCUGGACUCCGUCCAGCACUCCACUCCCGAGCCGCUGCAGCGCAGCGUCUCCAGACAGACGAAGAAGAAACCGGCCCAGGCCGUGGCACGCUCCAAACCGGAGAGAGGCCGCAGGCCGGAUCGCAUCCCUCUGAAGAAGCCAUGGGAGAACUCCAAGCCACGAGCGCGCUCCAAAAGCCGGGACCGCUCCCACAACCGGGGCCAGACGGCCCCCCCGCCCUGCGACCGCCUCAACUCCUCUCUGGGUGGCAACGACACCUUCGACUUUGACUGCAAAGAGGCCAUCCACAUCACGCCCUUCAGAGCCGGCAGCAAGACCUCCGAGAACCAGACAGAAGAAGCCCUGCCCUCUCCUGUUGCCCCGCCCAGUCCUGUUGCUGUGGAGACAGAAUCCAGUCCCUCAGAGGAGGAGGCGGACGACAGCCUGUACGUUCCGGACAAGAAGUUCAGACGAGCUCGUAGCCCACCGCCCCGGCGAGCUCGCUCUAAGAGGAGGUCCGCUCAGAGAAGAGGGACAGAAAACGCACCCCUGAAGAACCGCACAGAGAUCAACAAAGCGUGUGCUGAACCCUCAGGCGAUGCCCUGCUGAUCCAUACAGGACUACACCUCCCACAGUCCCCUGAGACAGGCCUGCAUUUCCCAGAGUCCCCUGUAUGCCCCCCUCCUGAGAAUUCCAGCAAGUCAGCUUCAGGCCAAGAGAGUAAAGAAGCUCCUUUUUCUGGAACGGAGACGGUGUCUCCACUGCUGGUCACCCCAGCUGGAGAGGCAGGACUCAUGAUGGACGGUCCUUUCUUUGAGCUCACAAACUACCCGAGCCAGUCGGCUGAGGCGGAGAACAGCGUACCUGCUGUGAUGGAUAAAGUUAGAAGAAGAAAAGGUGGGCUGGUUGUUCGCUCCUGUCUGGGCUUGGCUUUGAGUGAUGUGACAAAUCUCUCCCCUGCAGCCUAUCAGAAGCCUGUGCCUGGCCGAGACUCCACCCCUGGCCCCGCCCGCAAGAGACGCUGCACUAGCGCCGUCAACUACAAGGAGCCGUCCAUUAGCUCGAAGCUUCGUCGUGGCGACAAGUUCACAGACACGCAGUUCCUGCGUUCUCCCAUCUUCAAGCAGAAGUCUCGGCGCUCGCUCAAAGCCCUGGAGAAGUAUAACGAGUCAUUUGUGGGCUGCCGCUGAACGUUUAGCCCACGUGGUUGGGUUUCGUUAGUCUCCUUCAGGCUUACUUUCACAGGGCAUUACAGUUUUGUUCUUCGAGCCGUGAAUGGCGAUAUAUUCAUGAUGUAAAUGUGUCGAAUUGUGUGGUUUUAACUUGUUUUUAAAAGGCAAACCAUGAGUAAUAAAGAUUGUCUUUGUGGAGUUUUGCCUGAUCUGCAGUCGCGAGGACCUUUAGCGAGUUGAGCAGUAGUGUUUUUAUAUUAACUCUCGAAGCGUCUCGGACACCUUUUAUAGCCAAUAGUGAAGGCAGAGUUUUCCAGGCUGGUUGAGGAACAGAUGCAGCACCUUCUGCUGUUCAGGAGGAAUUCGGAGCCUCUAACUGUUUAAGACAAAGGCACAUUGUUAAUGACGGAGGCUUAAAUAUGGGGUGUAAAGAGGAGAACCGGCUCUAUUCCUCUCUUUUCGUGGUUCUUCUGUUCUGAAAUAAAAUGCUAAAGCUCUGAAGGCAGAGAAGUGACCCACAGACGCUGUCAGCAACAAAACCAGCAACUGGGGCAAAAUAUGAGUAAAGAAAAUGUAGCUGAGUAGAGAAUCACUUUACAUACUUCAUGGUGGUUCUUCAAGGGUUCUUUAGUUUAAAAAAAAGGUUUAUGGAACCAUGAACUUUUUUUUACUAAAGAACCCCUUGGAGAACAGUCAUUGAGUGUGUACUCACUGAUGUGUUUGGGUGAAAGUGAUAUUGAUUGGAAAACACUGAGGGUGCAGGUCCACUGUUACACUGAAGUACAUGUACUUGAGUAUUUGUGAGUAUCUAGUUCCCACUGGUUUGCUAAUGGGCCUGUAAAACACAUGUAUAUUCUCUUAUAUGCAAUCUCGCUUAUUAUAGAGGUCAGACUCACUCAGACCUUUUAUCUGUGUCUUGUUGACUGCUUAUUACAGUCUGUUACUGUGACACCAUCUAGUGGUCAGACAUUAAACUGCUUCGUAGUUGAA